AUGCUUGUCCUAAAGGCCCUGGCCCUUCUCUCAUUAUCCAACUCUCUCACCAAUGCUCGAAUCAUUGACGGCGCUCGGCACUCGCCCUAUAGCACCUACAACAGCAACACCACCACCACCCUGCCAGACUAUGAGUACGUCAUUGUCGGCUCUGGUGCUGGCGGCUCGCCCCUUGCUGCCCGCCUUGCUCUUGCGGGCUACAAGGUCCUCCUGAUCGAGGCUGGUGGCGAUGAAACAAACACAUACGAGUACAGAGUCCCCGCUCUGCACGCUGUUGCCGCCGAGUACGUGCCCAUGAGAUGGGACUACUGGGUCUCGCACUUUGACGACGAGGCAGACCAGGUGAGGGACACCAAACUCACCUGGGAACUACCUGAUGGCUCUCGUUACACUGGCGUCAACCCUCCACCUGGCGCCAAAAUUCUGGGCAUUCUGUACCCACGUGUCGGUUCUCUGGGUGGCUGCACUGCCCACAACGCCCUUAUCAUGACGUACCCUUUCCGCACUGACUGGGAAUACCUUCGCGAAAUCACAGGCGACGACUCCUGGGCGCCCGACAACAUGCGCAAGUACUUUAAGCGCCUGGAAAGAAACCGCUACCUGCCCAGCAGCAUUUCUGGCCACGGAUUCAAUGGUUGGCUCGAGACGUCGCUAACUGACUUGAGCUUGAUUGCCGGGGAUCUCAAGGUCGUCUCCCUUGUCCUCUCGGCUGCCAGUGCCAUGGGCAAGACGAUGCUCAGUUCUCUCUUGGGCACUGUUGUUGGUCUUGGUCAGGUCCUGAUGCGUGACAUCAACAAUGACAGCCCUAACCGCGAUUCGGCCCAGGGCAUGUGGCAGGUCCCUCUCUCCAUGAACAUUCCCUCAUACACGCGUGCUGGACCCGUCGACUUCCUUCGCCAGGUCAUGAAUGCCAAGAACGGUGACGGAAGCCGCAAGUACCAUCUCGACAUCCAGCUCAACACCCUCGUCACCAGUGUGAGGUUCAACCAGACUGCCGAUGGCAAGCCCAAGGCCACUGGUGUCAACUUUGUGACCGGCCAGUCCCUUUACGGCGCAGACCCUAGACGCCAGAAUGGAACCGCCACUGGCAAGGGCAAACCGGGAGCUGUUACUGCUACUCGUGAGGUUAUUCUGUCUGCUGGUACUUUCAAUUCGCCCCAGCUCCUGAAGCUUUCUGGUAUUGGUCCCAAGGAGGAGCUCGAAAAGUUUGGCAUUCCAGUCAUCGUGGACCUCCCUGGUGUCGGUACCAAUCUCCAGGACCGCUACGAAGUUCCCGUCAUUGGUGAGGCUCCCACCCCGAUUGCUCUCCUCAACGGCUGCACGUUCCUCGACGGCUUCGACGCCUGCCUGCAGAAGUGGAUCAAUCUUCCCCUCGGUAUUGGCAAAGCUGUCUACGCUACCAAUGGUGUCGCGCUUGCCAUUACCAAGCAAGCUAAGAACAGCAUUCACGGCAAUGCUGAUUUGCUCAUUGCUGGCUGGCCCGCUGCCUUCAACGGCUACUAUCUCGACUUCUUCAAAAACGCCACCAAAGGCAGCAACCACUGGACCUGGCUCACGCUCAAGGCCGAGUCUCGCAACAACGCCGGUACCGUCACUCUCCGCAGCGCUGAUCCCCAGGAUAUGCCUAUAAUCAACACGCGCAACUUUGCCGUUGGUGGCGAUGAGGAUCUCUCUGCUGUCGUUGAGGGCCUGAAGUACGGUCGUCGCGCCUUUGAGGACCUGAUUCCUCUUGACGGAAAGUUCAAGGAGAUUUGGCCUGGCCCGCAAGUUCAGACCGACGACGAGUGGAAGGAGUUUGCCAAGUACCAGGCCUGGGGUCACCACGCUUCUUGCACUUGCGCCAUUGGCGCCGACGACGACCCAAAGGCUGUCCUUGACACCAACUUCAAGGUCCGUGGAGUCGAGGGCCUUCGUGUCGUUGAUGCUUCGUCCUGGGCAAAGAUUCCGGCUACUUUUAUUGCUCUGCCCACCUACAUGUUGUCUGAGAAGGCCUCCGAUGUCAUCAUCGCCGACGCCAAGGCUUCCUCCAAGGGCUCCCCCAUGCAUCCCUAGAUUAAAUACCCGUCGUGCUAGACUGACCAGCACUGUCCGUGAAUUUGUAAUUUCGUAAAUGUAUAUGUAGAACAGAUUAUUAGAUCAUU